CAGCAGGUGCGACAACAAAUUUAAGCAUCAAGCAAUUUUGUUUGCCAGGAACACAAAACCCCUUUAUUUUUGGAGGAAUUGGUUUACUUUUGCAUAACAUUAUGUUCUUGUUCUGAUGUUCUUGUUCCAAUCAAAUCAAUUUCUCGUUAUGCUCGUUAGGUAUACGUUUUGUUAACGAGACGGAUUAAAUUCAAGUUCACUUGAACUUUACCAUCGCCGUGAUAAGUGGUCGGUUUAUACUUAUGCUACUUCACGUACACCUGGUACGUGCACUUUACAUUAAACUCCUGAUAGAUCCUCAUUAUAGAAACGCCCAUCGUUAGAAUAAUAAUGUUUAACAAUUCAUGACAGACCACAUAGUUCGUGUCAAUUCAAAUGCAUGCGGUUUAAGAUUGUAUGCUGUUGGUUGCUGCAGUAUCACAAUAUUCUUUCAAAUGUUCUAUGCUGCUUCUGACUCACCUGUUUGACUAAAUUCCUGGAACUGGCCAUGUUACAAACUAGCAUUCCAUUUUUUUUGUGCAGUUGUACGUUGUGUUCGUGGAUAGUUCGAGUAUUAGGAGAUGAAUUGUGAUUUGCAUAGUUGACACCAUCGCCCAGGGGCUCGUCAUGUUCUCCACUGCGUUAACUGAUAUCGCCAACUUUAAGUGUAGAAAUGCUGUACUUGUACAUGGAAGGCAACAUUACAUCAUCGUCGUUUCUAUUAAAUUCUUAUUUAAUUCAUAGAUUUACACAUUGUUUGAAUAACUUUAUAAACGAUUCAGCUGCGAUGGCGACGUUAGGAACAUUUUAUAAACCAAACCAUCCUUCUAAAACCGUUUUCUAUUUUAUUCUUAAAAUCAUCUCCAAUGUGAAACAGCACCAGAACCGUAUACCAUGAUGAUUCAUACGGUUCAGUGCAUUCUUUUAGUUCUUCAAACUUAAGGACAAGUUAUAUGGAGCUAUUUUACUAUAAGUUAAGAAGGUACCUGCACACCCUAAGGUUCACUUCACUGUGGCGAUUUUAGCUGUGUGAUUGAUCUGGUGAAGAAUAUUAAAAUGCUUAUUGAUGGCCAUUUAUGUAAAAAGCAUGAACCAACUUUUCAUCACGCUUGUCGUGUGGAACGCUAUUAAGCUUUCUUUUACACAACAUCUUCACGAACUCAGCGUAAUUCCAAUCCAAAGCCACCAGCGAUACCUGCAGCUGCACAUGAAAUGGAAUUCUACUCUACCGGACGAUGCAGCGUAUACUAUCACCAUCGAACAUGUAGAUACUGACACUUGCCAACUGCAGGGAGUGUUUGAAAAUCUAAAACAUAUAAAAUGUGCUCCAAUUCUUGUUCAUGCGACGUCUACUGAUAUAAUAGCACCUUCUGAUGAAGACGGCCUGCUCAAACACGCAUGUCCCAUCCAGCAACGUUGCACCUAUGCUGUCCUUGUAGAUGCCUGGAACUACCAGAGCAGUAUACGGCAAACGGUGGAGAUUCCUGACUGUGUUGAGGAUUUGUGCUCGUGCGAUUAUGCUGUACAUUUGCCAGCCCUCGAAGACCUUACUGCCCGGGUCAAUCGCAGCAACAAUCAACUGAUCGUCAGCUGGAAACCAGGAACCUAUAACAUUGCUAAUCUACCAAACAACGUGAAACCCCAAUUCAUUACCAUUCGAGUUCGUCGAGGCACCAGCAACCAAUUAAGCUGGGGUGGUCAGCAUACCAGCAUGAAAGAGGUAACUCUCCCAUUCGACGCUAUUUCACAUUGCUUUGACAUCAACGAACUACCGGGAACCAAAUUAAUCUUCUUAGUGCAACUAAAAGUCAUAGACUCGCGAAAAUGUGAACGUGACACUGAACCGCUCAAAGUGACACUUCCGGAUUAUGAGUCCAUGGACCAACAAAAAGCUCUGUUGGAGCAAACAUCCUUUGAAUCAUCUGCCUUCGUUUUAUUGCAGCCAUACUCACGAAAGGUUAUAACCUGGUCAUUUUUCACCUUUUCAGCGGGGGGACUAUUGUCGCCUGUCCUCAUAUCCUCCGUAGUGAUCUCGCUUAUAGCAUCGUUGGUAAUUGCUAUUGUGGUUGUUUUCUAUUUCAAACGUCUUUCCAAAACUCGACGGAAUGCUAGUUGGCGUGAUAUUUGCGUGCGUACUAGCGGCGAGCAUCCCCCUAUGAUAAUGUCGGAGAACGAACUAUAUGUGGAUAUGGAUGUUGAGAAUGCUCGGGCUCGUGGUAGCGCAGAUUAUUUGGAAGUUCCUCACUCUGCUUUGCGCAUUGGUCGUGAAAUUGGUAAGGGAGCAUUCGGUAGAGUGUUCAUGGCGAGUGCAUUGAAAUUGCCAAAUUGUAAUGGACCGAAGAUUGUGGCCAUAAAACAAUUGAAAAGGUGUCCUUCGGCUGACAAACUCGACGAGUUUUUAGAUGAAAUUAGUAUGAUGAAAAAAGUCGGCCAACAUCCGAAUAUUGUGGCCCUACUUGGCUGUUGCACAAUCAAACAACCACUAACAAUGAUAAUGGAAUAUGUUGGGUGUGGCGAUCUGCUGGAAUAUUUACGUAAAAUCAGGGCCAAGCAUCUAGCUAAUAUACACCAAUUAGAAAUGAGUUCAAAAUUGGAGCAGCAGAACCUUAUACAAAACACGACUAAUAACAACAUGUUUAAUCCCAUGGGCAAAUAUCUAGAUCUUUUACAUACCUCUAGUUCAUCAGAUGCAUCGUACAUCACGCAAACUGAUACUAGUGUCACCCGUCCAUCAUUCACAGAAACUACCUACACCAUGCUUAGUGGUAUACUGGCAGAAGGAGACGGUUCAAGUGUUCGCAGCCGAUCCUCGUUAGAGUAUGUCCUCGAUCAUAAAGAGUUACACAACUUUGCUAAACAGAUCGCCUGUGGAAUGGAACAUUUAGAGGAUCUUGGCAUUACGCACCGUGAUUUAGCGGCACGCAAUAUUCUCAUAGACGAGCGGAAAACUUUGAAGAUAUCAGAUUUCGGAUUAUCGCGUACUGGCAUAUACAUCAAUUCGGUAAACAAAAAGGUUCCGUUACGUUGGCUUUCCAUCGAGGCAAUACGCGAUAAGCUGUAUUCCAGCAAGAGCGAUGUUUGGGCGUUCGGUAUAGUGCUGUGGGAAAUCGGAACCUUAGGUGGCUACCCAUACCCCACAAUAGGAAAUCACGAGCUUCAAAGCUUCUUGGAACAGGGUAAGCGACUAGAACGCCCGGAAAACUGCACUGCCGAGGUUUACGCACUGAUGCUGCAAUGCUGGCGUGAAGACCCCGCCGAACGGCCAACCUUUGAACAGAUAUCUAAGCAGCUGGAUCCACAUAAGAAAAUCUACAUAGACUUUAACGAUCUUGAACCUACCUAUGUAUUUCCACCGACCAGCGAUCAAUUGCGACUGGCUAUUGCCAACAACAAAUAAGCGAUAUGGUCAAACCACCGAAUACAUUCAAUUAGGCACUAAAGCAACGCUGUCGCAUUUUCGGCUAUACUUGACGACUAAUAUUUGCACAACUAAAAAGUUAAUACCACAGAAUCAUGCUAGAGUGAUAGGUAAGGUUGCAGUCUUAGUAACGACCAAUCAUGCAUAUCCUAGAAUGUGUGCUUGCAAUUUAUCUAUGUUACGUAUGUUCGGUCUAUGUUUACGAUAGUGUGUAAGGAGUUUCACAGGAGCUUAAGUGUUUAGUAAGGAUGCAUUCCAAGAAGUGGGCUCUUUUGCCCGCAUGUUUUUGUCGAAACACUAAUGCACCGUCACAAACGCAAACCUUUUACCGAGCGACGAACCAAGACAUAAUCUUAUGCCAUAAUAGAUUGGGUGUACUUGUUAGCUUUUUGCAAAUGUCCAAUCAUUACAGGUCUACAAACAUGAAACAAGACUGUGAUAAUCAAAAAAAAGGAAACAAUUUACAUUGUCGUUCACCUGUAUGUUAACUUGUAAUUGUUGAGGUUUCAAAAAUAAAGAAUUUAAGAGCUCAAACAAAGUCCUACGGUCAUAGUUUUUUUAUUAUAUCAAAUGCGUUUUCCCGCAGUAAACCCUCCCUGUUUUGAUACCUCCAAACCAAACCUACAAGUCCAAACCUAGCGCUCUGUGACAUUUUCCGGUAAUGAGAACUGUACCGGUCAGUGGAUUGCACGAAAUUGCAAACGUGAGACGAAGAUACAACGAUUAUUCACACAAACUCCUUAAUGGUUGUGGACAAGACACAACAAGAAACGCUAACCUCACUCCUCAGUUUCA